CCAAAAGCCCAUAACGUAGCCGAAUUCGAAACCCUAGCUUCGGCUACUUCAACCCAUAUUAGGGUUUUUUCUCUUCUUCCUCGCAGCACCAACAUCAGCAACGCCUAAGCCGCAGCCACCUGCCACAGAACACUCCAAUGGCUUCGGAGAAGAAGUUAUCGAACCCCAUGAGGGAUAUUAAGGUGCAGAAACUCGUCCUCAACAUCUCUGUUGGUGAGAGUGGAGAUCGCCUCACCAGAGCUGCCAAGGUGCUUGAACAACUUAGCGGCCAGAGCCCUGUUUUCUCUAAAGCGAGAUACACUGUAAGAUCGUUUGGAAUCAGACGUAAUGAGAAGAUUGCUUGCUAUGUCACUGUUAGAGGAGAGAAGGCGAUGCAACUUUUGGAAAGUGGAUUAAAGGUGAAGGAGUACGAGUUGCUUCGUAGGAACUUUAGUGAUACUGGAUGCUUUGGCUUUGGUAUUCAGGAGCACAUUGAUCUUGGGAUCAAGUACGAUCCAUCCACCGGUAUCUAUGGUAUGGACUUCUUCGUUGUUUUGGAGCGACCGGGAUACCGUGUUGGACGUCGCAGGAGGUGCAAGUCUCGUGUUGGGAUCCAGCACAGAGUCACAAAGGAGGAUGCCAUGAAGUGGUUCCAGGUGAAAUAUGAGGGUGUGAUUCUUAACAAGUCCCAGCAAAUCACUGGUUAAACUUCAUAGGGUUUUUCCCUAAUGGUGUUGAGAGAUAUUUGCGUUCAAGUUAUAAAAUUUUGUGCCUUUGAAAUUAGCCUGACUGAAGCUCUGUGUUAUUUUAUUUGGAUAUUUUUGGAGUUUAAUGGAGAUUAUUAGGAUCAAUUCGAACAACUCUUUUAAAGCUGUUGCUAGUCAUAUGUUUUAUUAAUUAUAUUCUUCAGCUACUUAUGAAAACUAAGAUUACUUUGGUUUUA